AUAGAAGUUUUUAGAAACAUUUGCUAAUUCUGAUGUUCUGUAACAGAUAGACACGCCAUCCUCGACGUCAGCAGCUGCUUCCAGUUUCAGAACCAACUCCCUCCUUUCCUUUCACAGUUUCACCAUUCUUCAUUCAUUUUUAUAAAAAGGCAAUUAGUUUACCUCAAAAUAAAUCAAAAUCAAAAUCAAAAUCAAAAUCAAAAUUUUAUUAAAACCCUUCAUUUUUAUUUAAUUCAACCAUCUUCUAUAAUUUUCCACGAUUCAGCGAACAACAAUCAAUUUGAUUUAUCGAGAUUAACGGUCGAAAGUCGAAACAGUAUCUUAUUCAAAGGAAAUGCAUUCGAAAUCGCCGAAAAAUGUGGUAGUGGUGGGAGGAGGAAUUGCUGGUGCUCUUGUUGCUAAGCAUCUUCAGAAUCAUGCCCACGUCACUUUAAUAGAUCCAAAGGAGUAUUUUGAGAUCAUAUGGGCUUCCAUGAGAUCAAUGGUGGAUCAAUCAUUUGCUGAAAGGUCUACAGUAGACUACAGUGAAUUUCUGCCACAAGUGAAGUUAAUUACUUCUUAUGCGGCAAAUAUCACAGAGAGUGAAGUCUUAACUGCAAAGGGUGAUCGUGUUCCAUAUGAUUACCUUGUAAUUGCCACAGGUCACGUGUAUUCUGAUCCUAUCACCAGAACUGAAGGGCUUAUCAAGUACCAAGAAGCAUUUGAUAAGAUAAAAUCUUCAAGUUCAAUAUUGAUCAUUGGAGGUGGGCCUAGUGGUGUAGAGCUUGCUGGUGAAAUAGUGAAUGAGUUUCCUGAUAAGAAAAUUACUCUGGUUCAUCGUGGACCUAGACUGCUUCAGUUUAUUGGGUCCAAGGCAUCACAGAAGGGUUUGGAGUGGUUGACCUCAAAGAAAGUUGAAGUGAUCCUUAACCAAUCUGUCAAUUUGACACCAACUUUAGAAGGUGUUUAUCAAACUUCUGGUGGAGAGACAAUAGUUGCUGAUCAUUAUAUCAACUGCACUGGGAUUCAGUCAGGGUCUUCAUGGCUCAAGGAUACAAUAGUAAUGAACAAUUUGGAUAUGCAUGGGAAAUUGAUUGUUGAUAAGCACUUGAGGGUCGAUGGUCAUAGAAACAUCUUUGCUAUUGGUGAUAUUACAAAUCUUCCAGAACUAAAACAAGGUUAUUUGGCUAUGAGACAUGCUGACUUAACUGCAAAGAAUAUGAAGUUGUUGCUUGUAGGAGGAACCGAGGAGAAAAUGGCCGUUUACAAGCCUGGUCGAUCUAUAGCAUUUGUUUCACUGGGAAAGAAAGAUGCUGUUGCAGAAAUCAAUGGCUUUACUAUGAGUGGUUGUUUUCCUGGAUUGAUUAAAUCAGGAGAUUUGUUUGUGGGGAAAACAAGGAAGACAUAUGGGUUACAGUCUUAACCCUGAAAAUGCUAACAAAUAGGUAUGUGCCGGAAGGGGAUUUCAUUGCAUAUACUACGAGCUAUUCUGUAGUUGGGACUUGGGAGGUUGCUUCAAUUGAAUAUGUUCUAAGAGACUAAUUAUCAAGUUUGGUGUUCUAUGAUUUAUGUGAUUAUCAAGUUUGCUGCAAUAAAAUGAUAUUUCUUAAAUUGCAAUAAUUAAUAUGUCAAGUUUGAGGGUU